UGACGGGAACUGAAACCUUCGGGUUUGUUGCUUUCCGUGGGUGAUUUUUUCUUUCUCUAUUUUCUCGUGAAUUUCGCGAGAUAUUCUGGUAAAUUUAUCAUAAAAAUGUAGUUAAAGUAGUGAAUUAAGUGGAUUAGUUGAAAUUUCGCGGGUGCGACAAGUUUUUCAUGGUGAAAAUUGUUGUGAAAAAAUUGGGUUCAAUUUGACAGACAAAAUUCACAACAAUGGCCGCGACCUACAUCUAUUUUGAUAAUUUGUGUUCAUUUUUCUGAUUUUUCAACGUGAAAAACACCAAUUUUUCGAGCAUUUCUAUGCUCUGGGGUGUGCAUGGAGUUCUAGGGAUAUAUUGCAAUAGUGUAAUAUAAAGUUUUUGCAUGAAAUUGUGAGAUAAAUUCAAGACAAUGUCUGUGUACAAUCACUUGAUUUACGACAUGAAGAAGAAGAGGCCCCUCAAGAGACCUCGAUUGGGGCCUCCGGAUAUCUAUCCGCAAGAGGCGAAGCAGAAGGAGGAUGAGUUGACCUCCUCAAAUGUCAAACAGGGUUUUACACUGCUGCCGCAUAUGGAGGAAUUCGGAACAGCGAGAAAUUACAAUGUCACGGCCAGUAAGGUCGGUUCCUAUUUCAAUGCCAUCUUGGCCAGGAAGGAGGAGCUAAUGACACUUCCUGAUUCUGGCAGAAAGAAACAGCAGAUAAAUCCGAAAGAUAAUUUCUGGCCAGUAACGGCUAGAACAAAGGCCACUUUGGAUACGUGGUUUAAGGAUUUGGCUGGGACAAAGCCUCUGCUGAGUUUGGCCAAGAAAGCCCCAUCGUUCAACAAGAAGGAGGAGAUUUUUGCGAUGCUGUGUGAGAAUCAGGUGAGCAUGCAGAGGGCAGCGUGGUUCAUCAAGCUCAGUUCUGCCUACACAGUGGCAGUUUCAGAGGCGAAGAUCAAGAAGCGUCAAAUGCCAGAUCCAGCCACUGAAUGGACUGGGACCAUGAUUAAGUUCAUGAGGGAAUUGAUUCCGAAGCUCCAUGAACAUUAUUAUCAGGGGAUACUGCCGGAGAAGGUCCAGAGCAGCUCCAAUAGUUCCUCUACACCAACUUCCUCAGCCUCUUCCACGGCCAUUACGACUGUACCCACGCCCCUUGCCAGUCCAGCUUCAAGUAUGCAUAGUCCGGGGAAUUUGGGGAGUACACCAACUUCCAGUCUCCUGGCGCCCCCUUCGCCUCAGGAUGAACACAAACUUGCCCUCAAGCAAUGGAAUUAUUGCAUUCAACUGAGCAAGUACAUGUACGAAGAGGGCUUACUGGAUAAGCAUGAAUUUCUAAAUUGGAUCCUCGAUCUUCUGGACAAGGUGCGUUCGCAGCCGACAGAUGAUGGUCUUCUCAAGCUCUUUUUGCCCCUCACACUCCAGUAUAUGUCAGAUUUUGUGCAAUCUGAGCGAUUGUCCAGGAGAUUGGCAUACCUAGUGUGCAAGAAAAUGGGUCAUAUGAUUAAUAGUGCUGUGGAGAAUGGGCAUGUUUUUGCCCAGGAUGCCAGUAUGACUCCAGCAAAUGGCACAGCCAUAAAGCAGGAGAAUCCAGAGCCUCAGAAUGCAGAUGCUUCCAAGACCCAAGAUACUCAAGAUUCUAAGGAAAAUGUCAAAUCCGGAAGCAAUAAAGUUGUGGCAAAUGGUGUCCAUGCAACCAAUCCCUAUACCUUCUUCAGUGACUAUAUGUCGUGUCCGCAUCACAGAGAUCUCAUUCUGCAGUGGAGCUCCAUCAUCCAGGUGAUCACCAUUGAGUGCUCAACAUCUCUGGUUUGGUGUGGUAUCGGAGAAAAUCGAGCUUCGUCAAUUUUUAUUGGAAGUCCUCUAGAUCAUUUGCCCAUCUCUCCAUCCUCCCUUCCAAUGCCACCGCGUUUCACGGAAGCCAAUGAAGAGAUCCGGAAACAACUGAGAAUUGUAGAAGAGAGUAUAAAGACACGAUCAAAGCAUGCUGAAGCUAGAUGGUGCACAGAUAAGUGGCAAUCGGUCACAGGAAAUACUGGAAAUCGCAUUCUAUCAACUUUGGAUGCCCUGGAUUCACAUUGUUUCGAUCGCAUGGACACCAGUAACUCCCUGGAGACACUCUAUGCUAAGAUUUUCCCACCAAAUUCCACUCCCGGAACUACCUCAGGAGGCAAUAAUGGCAAUUCAACUGGAAAGGAGCAUUCGUCCGGGAGUGAGGGCAAAGAAGCCAAAUUGGAGUAUGAUCCCAAUCAAGAUGCACCUAUUAUCAAGAUCCUGUGCGAGUGGGCAGUAUCAUGGCAGAGAUGGGGAGAACAUAGGGCUAUGGCAGUGGCAUGGUUGCUGGACAAGAGACAGACUGAAGUGACGGCAUCAAAUGAGAAUGAAGCCACAAAUGGCAACUCUGACGAUAAAGAUUCCAUAAGUUCAGGUGCUGGGGUUAGUGGAUCUCCUGUUUUUCAGAAAAUUCUCAUGAAUUUCCUUGACAAUGAUGCACCGGUCCUAGAAGAGAAUGGAAGUCCACAAAAUCGUUCUCAGUUCACGAAUCUCGUGCACUUAUUCAGUGAAUUGAUUAGGCAUGAUGUCUUCUCACACGAUGGAUACAUGUGCACUUUAAUUGCCCGGGGAGAUCUUACGACCAAAGGGAUCUCUGCCACGCAGCCUCAUACCAAUGUCAUCCCACCGGGACCAAUAUCUAAUCCGACGAAAACAUCCCCAGGAAUGCAUACGGGGCUGGAUGAGGAUGUUUUUGCGGGAAUUGAAUUCAAGUCGAAGAUUGAGGAAUUUGAUGAUUCCAAUGUGGAUGAUGAUCUCGACAAGUUGCUGCAACAUAUUAAGUCUGAUCAACAGAAUUCACUGGAUGCUCCAGAUAGUCCCAAAGAUCCGGAUAAUUCUACCCAGGGAGCUUCUCACAUAGGCAUUGGAACGGAUUCCACAGUUUCCCGGCAUUUUCUCUACACUAAACAUUUCCCCCUGAGUCAGGAUGGGGAUGUUGCUUCUCAACAUGAUUGCAACCAGAGGUAUAUCCUUUUGUUUGGUGUUGGAAAGGAGAGAGAUGAGAAGAAGCAUGCUGUGAAGAAGAUGUCCAAAGAAAUCUGUAAGCUCUUCUCCAAGAAAUUCAGUAUCGAUGUGGCUGAAGGGGGAAAGGUUAAGAAGCAUUCCAGGAGUGAGUUCAAUUUUGAAUCCACAACCAAUAAAUGCCAAUCUAUGUCAUACUUUGAUCAACACUUUGUCACAUGGCAAUGUGCAGUUACUGUCCAGGAAAUGCUCAAUAGUUUUGCACUGGGUAAUAGUAAUUAUCUACCUGUUCAGGAGCAUGUAGCCUUCCUGUUUGAUCUGAUGGAGAUGGCUUUCAAUAUUUACGGUCUUAUUGAUAUGUGCAUUCAAAUUCUUAAAGAACUGCCAGAAGUUGAGAGUCAGUUGAUUGCUAAGAAUUCGAUUCUGGUGAGAAAUUACACCACAUCCCUGAGUUUGUAUGUUGUGGGUGUUCUGCGGAGGUAUCACUGUUGCCUCUUGCUAUCACCUGAACAAACUUCAGCGGUAUUUGAGGGAUUGUGCAAAGUGGUGAAACAUGUGACAAAUCCGGGAGAUUGCAGUUCAGCUGAAAGAUGCAUCUUGGCCUAUUUAUUUGAUCUAUACAGCUCGUGUUCGUUGUUGAAGACAAAACCACAGCCCACUGAACCUUUCCACAAUGCCUAUCCCAAAAUCAAACAAGCUCUCUACUCAACUGUUCAGAUUCAAGCUUCAACGCAUCCCUACAAUCCGCAAUUUAUGGUGGAGAUUCUGACGCAACCGAAGCGCGGAGGGAAGAUUGAAGCAGGCUGGGGAAGGCCACUCAAUGAAUCCGGAGCCAAUCGUUACAGCUUUGUCUGCAAUGCCAUCUUGGCAGUUGUUCGGGAGAAUGACAAUGAUCGGCUUAAUGAUAUCGCUGCCACUUGUGCAGAACUCACAGCCUGCUGCAAUACUCUAAGUGCUGAAUGGCUAGGAGCCCUUGUAGCUCUCUGUGGCUCCAGCAAUGAAACCUUCUACCCGGACAUAGUGUGCCACGUGGAUGUCCAAAAUCUCAGCAUUCACAAUGCUCUGGCUGUUUUUACGUGCAUCCUCGUGGCGAGGCAUUGUUUCUCCCUGGAGAACUUUGUAGCCAGUGUAGCUCUUCCAGCCUUAGUGGCUGUUUGCAAUGGAGCUGGACGCGAUAUGACUCCAGAAGCUGAAGCUGGAGCUCGGUUAACUUGCCAUCUUCUCCUGCGUCUCUUUAAGACUAUUGAGAUUCCACAGCCUGGCCUGUAUUCAGUCAGCACUUCGCCCAAUCCAAUUAUCUCUGGGCCAGCAUGCAAUAUCAAAUUGAGCUGCGAUCGACACUUACUGGCUGCAGCUCAUAAGAAUAUUGCUGUUGCUCCAGUUCUGGCUGUUCUCAAGGGGAUCCUGGUUGUGGGCGAUGCGAUGGCUCACAAAGCGUCUUCCUCGGUGCACAGCGGAGGGAAACGCAGUGGACUCAACACACCCGUUCAUCCUGGGAGCACACCUAAGAGCAUGGGAAGUGCUGGAGAUCUCAGUCAUAUUCUUGGAACGAGUGAAUUUGGGCUCCUGGGCAACUGUGACGAACCAAUGUUGGAUUCAUCCCAACAAAAUCACAGUGUUCACAGUGAAAAUGCUUCAAGUUUGUAUGAUUUUGCUCAGCAUGUUUUGCGUCAAAUAUGCUCACAGGAAUGGGUUCUGGAACGAUGUCUCCAGAAUGCUGAGGAGUUGUGUCAACCAGGAAUGCUCAUUGAUACGAUGCUUACCCCAAAACAGGCACAGCGUCUGUUGCAUAUGAUUUGUUAUGCUGAAAAUGAGUCCAACAUGAAGGCUGAGAUGGAUCAGAAAUCCAUAAUUGUGAGAAUUCUGGAAAAUUUGGAACAGUGGUCUUUGCGAAUUUCCUGGCUUGAUCUUCAAUUGAUGUUCAAACAGACCAAUUCCAAUUCUGCAGAGUUGACAAAUUGGUUGGAUACUGUAGCCAGAGCGGCAAUUGAUGUAUUUCAAGUGAGUACAGUUGGGACGAAGCAGGAGAAACCGUCAAUUUGGUUGGUGGCUCCACUUGUGUCCAAAUUGCCCAGUCAAGUUCAGGGGAGGAUUCUGAGAGUGGCUGGGCAGGUGCUGGAGAGUACGAAUUUCUUCGGGGCAAAGAGUAGGGAUGGAAAUGGUGGAGGAAAUGGAGGGGGUAGUAGUUGUAGUAAGAGGAAGGCAACGACUCAAUUGAGUCAUCAGCCAUUUCUUGGGUUGGUGUUGACGUGUCUCAAGGGUCAGGAUGAGCAGAAAGAGGGUUUGCUGACAUCACUGCAUUCUCAGCUGUCGCAGUUCCUGCAGUCCAACAAGGAGAUGGAGAGAAUUGGUGGGAUUGAGGAUCCACAGGGGAGAGAAUCAAUGCUGGAUGCUCUUCAAUUGAGAUUUUCUCUUGUUGGUGGGAUGUUUGAUUCUAUUCAGAAAAAUGCUGCUUCCACCACGGAUUGGGCUAUUCUUCUGGCACAGUUGAUAUCUCAGGGAGUUAUAGAUCUGACAAAUAAUUCUGAAUUGUUCACGACUGUCCUGGACAUGUUGGCCACGUUGAUUCACUCAACACUCGUGUCAGAUAGCCAGUCUGAGCGCGAUGACACAAAGAAGUCCUACACGAAUCUCAUGAAAAAGCUACGAAAGGAACUGGGUGAUAAGAAUAAUGCGUCAGUGAAGUUUGUCCGGCAACUUUUGCCACUGUCGAAGCAAACUUGCGAAGUGAUUGCAUGUGACUCCGCAAGUUCCCUUACGGAUACCAAAGGCAACAAAAUCAGUGGCUUUGACAGUAUUGACAAGAAGCAUGGCUUGAGGAUUGCCGAUAAGCAGAGAGUUAGUGUGUGGGAUUUGCUGGAGGGUCACAAAAAUCCAGCACCACUAUCUUGGGCAUGGUUUGGUGCUGUGAAGAUGGAACGAAAGCCACUGGCAUAUGAAGAUACUCAUCGUUUGCUCAAAUACCAUACUCAUAGUCUGGUGAAACCAAGUAGUUACUUCCAUGAGCCGCUGCCACUGCCACCAGAAGAUCUGGAACCGUUACCAGAGAAACCGGUGAGUUUCGCCGAAGUCACAAAGCAGGACACAUUGAUGAAGAUGUUGUCUUUGCAGAAGGAGGACAUGAAGGCGGACACACCGUCGUCUGUUGAUCAGUCCCCGAGUGCUCUAAUGGGCACAAAUGGCCGUGUUAGGGCAAAGGGACGUCGACCACGAAAGCCCAAACCCGGACCCGCAAACAUUCCCAUGAAUCAGCCACAGCAGCAGCCACAGCCACCGCAGCAGCAACAGAUGGCACAGCAGAUGCCCAAUAAUCCCAUGAAUCCCAUGCAGAUGAACUUGGGGCAACAGAUGAAUCCGGGAAUGCAGCAGUACCAGCAGGGUCCGGGUGGGAUGGGACAGAAUCCGGGACAGAUGAUGCCGGGACCACAAAUGCAGCAGGGCAAUCCGAUGCAGGGUGGUCCUGUGUCUCAGGCACAGCAGCAACAGAAUCCAGGAGGCAUGGGAUUUGGCGUAGGUGGACCACAGAUGGGACAAGGUGGACCCCAACAACAAGCCCAAGCACAGCAACCGGGUCCACAGCAAUGGGGUGGAUUCAAUCCCAUGCAGCAGCAGCAACAGCAAAUGAUGUACAAUCAGCAAGCGAUGGGGCAACAAAUAAAUCGCUUCGAACGACCAAGUAUGGUGAAUCAGUCGAAGCAGGCUCUGUCAAAUAUGCUGCGUCAGCGUCAUCCUUUCAUUGGGGGCAAUCAGGCCGGAAAUGCGGCUAAUUUCAACAUGCAACAGCAGCAGAGGCAGCAACAACAGCAACAGCAGCAGCAACAUCAGUUUAUGCGGAAUACAUUGAGAGCCAAUUUGGGUGGACAAAUGGGUCCGGGACAAACGAUGAAUCCGGCCGUGAUGGGGCAGAAUAUGAAUCAACCAAUGGGUCAGAUGAAUCAGGGAAUGGGUGGUCAGGGAAUGGGUCCGGGUGGGAUGAUGAAUCAACAGUCGCAAAUGGGGCAGAAUCCCAUGAGCCAGGCCCAGGCUACGCCUCAGACCAUGAUGCCCCAGGGUGGUGGCAUGAUGGCGACUGCUGGAGGCGGAAUGAUGAGCCAGGCUGGUAGUGGAAUGGCUCAGGCUGGUGGGAUGGGUCAGGCGCCGACGGGAAUGAUGCAGCAGCAGCAGCAGGCACCGGGAGGUGGAGCUGGAGCUGGAGCUGGGGGCAUGGUGAAUCAAGCGAUGGGGGGUGCUGGAGGGAUGCAACCGAUGCAACAGGGAGGUAAUCAGCAGGCAAUGUUCCAGAAUCAGCAGUAUCAGGGAAUGCCACAGAACUUUGGGGGAUACGGUGGGCAGCAGAUGAACCAGCAGACUGGACCGCAGGGAAUGAUGGGCAAUUUCAAUCAAAUGACUGCUCAGAGAACAUCUCAGGCUGAGUAUAUUGUACAGCAGAGAGCCCUUCAGGCCAACAGAGGGCAGUACAUGCAGCCGGCUCCCAAUGUUACCAUGAACAACAUGGUGGGCCAGGGAGCGGCUCCACCGUACUCCAGGCAGGGACAGACUGGCGGAAAGCCCACUCAGACGCAGCAGCAGCAAUUCCAGCAGGUUAAUCAGCAGAGAAUCCGUCAGCAGAUGAUGAUGCAGCAGCAAGGAAUGGGACAACAGCCUAAUCCACAAGCAAUGGGUCAGGCGCAGACUCAGGGGAUGACGCAGCAGCAGACGCCGGCUCUUGUGGCUCAGCUACAGCGACAAAUGCCCAAUCAGCAAAAUAUGAUGGCACAGCAGUAUCCUCAUCAACCACCGCCGUAUUAGUUGUUUGACCAACAGAAGUGGCCCUGAUUGUGAAGCAGCCGCAGAAAAGUGGGAUAACUUAAGGAAUUUACAGAAUUAUUUUAUAUUUAUUCAAAUUUAUUGUAAUCAAACUAUUAGUAAAAUGUCUCUGCAUUUUA